CGCGGGCGGGCGUGUGUGUGCGCGCGCGCGCGCCAGCUCUGCCUUCCUCACCUUUUCGGAAACGCCGCUCUUCCCCUGCGACGAGAGCUCGGCCGCUGAACAUCAGGAAUUCACCGCGAAUAAAAAGACACACACACACACACACACACACACACCAGCGAGGAGCCGUUUGCCUUACACACGCCAGGCUGUUUUUGUUUGUUCUUUUUUAAAAUAAAUAUAAAAACAAACACCUACACACACACACACGUUUUUUUUUUUUUUGGUGUUUGCUUCCUUUACCCACAGAUACCGAGGAGGUUGCCGUUAGAUGACCGGUGUCGGUCACGGUUCUCUCCUCCUCCUCUUCUUCCUCCUCCUCCUCCUCCUCCUCUCUCACCACUGCUCUUCACUUCUUCGCAUCUUUCUCUCGACUUUGAGAAGACCGGGAAGUCAGAAGUGAGUCAGACUUUACGCGAACAGUCGGACACAUACGCACACACACGCACACACACACACGCGCGCGCGCACUCGCACACAAACACACACGCGCGCGCAGACGCACGGAAAGAUUGAGAAAGCCAAAGGUUACCGCGACUCCGUGUCUCGCGCCGGCAGUGUAUCUGAGCAUGUCCCGCAGCCCUGCGGUUCUUCCUACCGGACACACUCCUGCUCGCCUCGUCUGUGCGCUCCGAGCCGCGCUCCACCGAAUCAGCCGCAGGUGCAGACCCUGAAGAUGAGCGUCUUUGGAAGGAAUUCUCACGCACUGUUGUGACUCCGGCGUAUUUCCAGCAAGCAUGAGGAUAGGUCUCAAGCCGAGCACAAUGGCCUGCUCAGUAUGGAGUCUCCCAAGCCUACGUUGCCUGAUGUUUGCUUUGGCUGCUCUACACUGCACCGAAGGCUUCAGUCGUGCAGCGUUGCCGUUCGGUUUGGUCCGACGGGAGCUGUCUUGCGAGGGCUACCCAAUUGACCUGCGAUGUCCAGGAAGUGAUGUCAUCAUGAUCGAGAGCGCUAAUUACGGGCGCACGGAUGACAAGAUCUGCGAUGCCGACCCCUUCCAGAUGGAAAAUAUCAACUGCUACCUCCCUGAUGCCUACAAGAUAAUGUCCCAAAGGUGCAAUAAUCGAACCCAGUGUAUUGUCAUUACGGGAACGGAUGUCUUCCCUGACCCUUGCCCAGGAACUUACAAAUACCUUGAGGUCCAGUAUGAAUGUGUCCCUUAUAAAGUGGAGCAAAAAGUUUUUGUUUGUCCUGGAACUCUGAAAGCUGUCGGAGAUCCGUCAUUUCUGUACGAGGCGGAGCAGCAAGCCGGGGCCUGGUGCAAAGACCCUCUUCAAGCGGGCGAUAAAGUUUAUUUCAUGCCCUGGACGCCUUACCGCACAGACACACUCAUUGAGUACUCAUCGCUUGACGAUUUUCAGAACUCCAGGCAAACCUUAACGUACAAACUCCCCCAUCGGGUGGACGGCACCGGAUUCGUGGUGUACGACGGUGCCGUGUUUUUUAACAAAGAGAGAACGCGCAACAUUGUGAAGUUUGACUUGCGCACACGCAUCAAGAGCGGCGAGGCCAUCAUCAACAAUGCCAACUACCAUGACACAUCGCCGUACAAGUGGGGCGGCAAGACGGACAUCGACCUGGCCGUAGACGAGAACGGCCUGUGGGUGAUAUACGCCACUGAGCAGAACAAUGGCAUGAUGGUGCUGAGCCAGCUGAACCCGUACACUCUGCGGUUCGAGGCGACGUGGGAAACGACCUACGACAAGCGAUCGGCCUCGAACGCCUUCAUGAUCUGCGGCGUGCUGUACGUGGUCAGGUCCACAUAUGAGGACAAUGAGAGCGAAGUGAGCAAAGGCGUCGUCGACUACAUGUACAAUACCAAGCAGGGCCGCGGUGAGUACGUGGACAUUCACUUCCCCAAUCAGUACCAGUACAUCGCCGCCGUGGAGUACAACCCCAGAGACAACCAGCUCUACGUAUGGAAUAACUUUUAUGUCCUGCGCUACAACUUGGCCUUUGGACCACCCGAUCCAGCACACGCCCCACCUAUCUCAGAUGCCACCUCAGUGCCUGCGCUACCCCGAAUAACAACCACCGCAAUGACAACAACCACAGCGCAGCAUAAAGGCCUAACGACGACCAUAAACACUACAGGGACCAGGGUCGGCAACAAACCACCUAAACCCCCAGUGGCUCCGUCCCGAACUACCACACCUCCAUCCCUGGAGUCGUUCCCUUUGCCCAAGCGCUUCUGUGACAGCGUAGAGCGAAGGGACAUCCUGUGGCCUCAGACACAGAGGGGCAUGCUUGUGGAACGGCCGUGUCCCAAAGGAACCAGAGGUACCGCCUCCUACCUGUGUGUCCUCUCCACUGGGGCCUGGCACCCAAAAGGCCCUGAUCUGAGCAACUGCACCUCUCACUGGGUCAAUCAGGUGGCUCAGAAGAUCCGGAGUGGGGAGAACGCGGCCAACCUGGCCAACGAGCUAGCUAAGCACACCAAAGGGCCCAUCUUCCCCGGCGACAUCAGCUCCACCAUGAGGCUCAUGGAACAGCUGGUGGACAUCCUGGAUGCCCAGCUGCAGGAGCUGAAGCCUAGCGAAAAGGACUCUACUGGACGCAGCUUCAACAAGCUUCAAAAGCGAGAAAGGACAUGCAGGGCAUAUAUGAAGGCGAUCGUGGACACUGUGGACAACCUUCUCCGGCCAGAAGCACUGAAGUCUUGGAGAGGCAUGAAUAUCACAGAGCAGACUCACGCUGCCACCAUGUUACUGGACACUCUCGAGGAAGGAGCUUUCGUCCUCGCCGACAAUCUAAUGGAACCGGCGAUAGUGAAAGUGCCAGCUAGUAAUAUAAUCCUGGAUGUGUAUGUGCUGAGCACAGAUGGCCAGGUGCAGGACUUCAAGUUUCCCCAGAGCAGCAAGGGUGGUAUUUCCAUCCAGCUGACAGCCAAUACAGUUAAACUGAACAGUCGGAAUGGUGUUGCCAAGCUGGUGUUUGCUCUGUACAAAAACUUGGGCCAGUUCCUGAGCACUGAGAACGCAACAAUCAAACUAGGCAGCGAGGCGAGCGGCCACAACCUCUCUGUGGCCGUAAACUCAGACAUCAUCGCUGCCUCCAUCAACAAGGAAUCCAGCCGAGUCUAUAUAACCGAGCCAGUGAUUUUCACCCUGGAACACAUUGAUAUGCAACAUUAUUUCAACUCCAACUGCUCCUUUUGGAAUUACUCAGAAAGGAGCAUGAUGGGCUACUGGUCCACACAGGGCUGCAAACUUGUUAAAUCCAACAGAACCCACACAACCUGUUCGUGCAGCCAUCUAACAAAUUUCGCCGUCCUUAUGGCUCAUCAGGAAAUCCUGGGCCCAGGCAGAGAGCACAAGCUGCUGCUGACGGUCAUCACUCGCGUGGGCAUUGUGGUCUCGCUCGUCUGCUUGGCCAUGUGCAUCUUCACAUUCUGCUUCUUCCGUGGCCUGCAGAGUGACAGGAACACCAUCCACAAAAACCUUUGCAUUAACCUCUUCAUUGCCGAGCUUCUCUUCCUAAUUGGCCGCAGUGUGACAGAAAUCAGGAUCGGCUGUGCGAUCAUUGCUGGGAUCCUGCAUUAUUUCUUCCUGUCCUCUUUCGCCUGGAUGUGUCUGGAGGGAGUUCAUCUUUAUCUCAUGCUCGUGGACAUCUUCGAGAGCGAAUAUUCCCGAAAGAAAUACUACUACGUUUCGGGCUACCUGUUUCCCGCCAUCAUCGUGGGCGUGUCCGCGGCCGUAGAUUAUGGGAGCUAUGGGACAGAAAAGGCAUGCUGGCUGAGACUGGACAACCACUUCAUUUGGAGUUUUAUUGGACCUGUUACCUUCAUCAUUAUGCUUAAUCUCAUCUUCCUGGUCAUCACAAUGUACAAAAUGGUGAAGCACUCUACUUCAUUGAAACCAGACUCCAGCAGGUUGGAAAACAUAAAUAAUUAUCGCGUUUGUGAUGGCUACUAUAAUACAGAUUUGCCCGGCUAUGAAGAUAAUAAACCAUUUAUCAAGUCCUGGGUUCUAGGAGCUUUUGCCUUGCUGUGUCUUCUGGGUCUUACAUGGACCUUCGGGCUGUUAUUCAUCAAUAGCGAGUCCAUCGUGUUGGCCUAUCUCUUCACCAUUUUCAACACCAUCCAGGGCACGUUCAUCUUCAUCUUCCACUGUCUGCUUCAGAAAAAAGUUCGUCGAGAAUACAGCAAAUGCCUUCGCCACACAUCGUGUUGCAGCAGCUUGCCGAGUGAGAACUCGCACAGUUCCACAAAGACAGCAACAACAAGGACAAGUGCUCGCUACUCCUCCGGCACUCAGAGUCGAAUCAGAAGAAUGUGGAACGACACUGUGAGAAAGCAAUCUGAAUCCUCCUUUAUCUCAGGGGACAUCAACAGCACAUCAACCCUCAACCAAGGAAUGACGGCCAAUUAUCUACUAACAAACCCCCUUCUACGACCGCAAGGCACUAACAACCCAUACAAUACCUUACUGGCUGAAACGGUCGUAUGUAACUCUCCUACGGCUCCUGUCUUUAACUCUCCAGCGACCUACAGAGAGACAAGACACUCAAUGAACAAUGCCAGGGAUACAAGUGCAAUGGAUACUCUACCGCUAAAUGGUAACUUCAAUAAUAGCUACUCGCUUCGGAACGGGGACUAUGGAAAUGGUGGCAUCGGCCUAGACGAAGCCGCCUUCGAGAAGAUGAUUAUCUCGGACCUGGUCAACAGCAACCUGAGGAUAUGCGCCAAAAAACAGCGGCACGAGCCUCACAUCUUGACGAGAAAUGCAGUCGGGGGAGGGACCAGUAGCAAAGACCAAGCCACUGUAGUCGAAACGACAUCCCUUGUGCCCGUGGACAGCGAGAGCAGCCAUUUAAUGGUGGGGAGUCUGAGCUUGCACCAUCAGCACCACCACCACCAGCACCACCUGGAUGCCCCUCUCAUCCCCCAGCGGACUCACUCGCUCCUGUAUUACACUCAGGAGAGAGCGAGAACCGAGCCAACAGCUACAAAACACAGUCUACAGCCACCCACUACAGACUCCCUGUACUCCAGAGAGCUGAACCUGAGAGACUCGCCCUUAACCGAGAGCGGCCUCCAGACAGAGCAACUCUCGCCCUCUAAACACAGCGAGGACGAGGACGCCUACUACAAAAGCAUGCCCGAUUUAGGGGCCAGCCAACAGCUGAACGCCUAUAUGAUGAGCAGGGGAAGCAGUGACGGUUAUAUAAUCCCCAUCCCCCAAUCCCCCAAAGAGGAGUGCGAACCAGAAGUGGACGUACGGGAAGGACAGAUGCAGCUCAUCACGAGCCUUUAAUAUGUUUUUUUUCCCCUGCAAAACAAUCAGCACCAGUUGCCACAAGGACACUGGGUACUUGGGGAGGGUUUUUCGAACAAGGUUCAUACUUCAUCUCUCUUCGUCUUUCACUGCUUACCCCUCAUAGCUCUCCACCGUUUCACUGACAUCCCCCAAAGAUGUGUAGACCAGUGCGGCUGCAUUGCAGUGUGAUUCCGCUUGUCUAAAUCAGCGACCGAUUUGACUGUAAAAAAAACCCACAAGAAAUGAACAAUCAGAUGUGGGAUUUGAUGGACAAGCAAAGUCUUAGCACUGCUGAUGUUGACUGACUGUCAGAACAAUGGAAUGAAUUCACAUGAAAAAAAAAAAAGAGAAAAAAAAAAAUAUACCAAAUAAUAGUAUUUCCUGUUUCAGCUCGUACAAUGUUUGUCAGAGGUUGUACAUAGGGUCACAUAUUUUAAAUCCAGUUUUGUAUUAUAUACAAAAAUGGAGUUUUCCAGCACGUAAGCAGAGAUUGUGUACUAAGAUAUUCCUAAUGGAACUGUUUAUUUAGGAAAUUCAGUAGUCUGGAUUUACGGGCCCCGUCUUUACAACGAAGCUCAGAUUGUGCUGUGUAACCACUAGCAAUUGAACCCCAGGCCUUAUCUUUUCUUGGUUGUUCAACCAUCAAGGAUUAUGGCGCAAGAAUCUAUAUUUUGUUGUAUGUCAGGUGCAUAAAUAAAGAAGGCAACCAUAACUAUAAGAAGAUUUUUAAUUAAGACAUUAAUUAUGACAUCCAGAAGAGACUAUUGUGUGAGAAGGGAAGGAAAGAGAGAGAAAAAAUGCACAUGCUAUAAGAAAAUGAUUUGUUCUUACAGUUUAUUCAUCAUGGUGUGUUUGGAGGAGGAUUAAGAUGAAAUGAGUGAACACAGAGCUUAGAGAGGUUGCUGACAUCAAAUUCUAUCAUGUUCAGGAAAAUGAGUUUGCUGCACCAAAGCAUUGGGCUUUAGGAGGAAAUUAGGAAUUUUUUAAUGAUUUUUUUUUUUCCUUGCCUUUAUUUCAAAGAUUCUUCGAAGAGUCUGCACAGGCAUGAAAGUCAUUCAAGAUCCACAACCGAACACGAGGCUUUCCAGACACAUUCUUCUAAAUAGAUUUUCCGAUAUUUAUUUAUUAAAUUAUUCUCAGUGAUACUUUUGAACUCUUUUGUGAAUACAUUACAGCACUGGUCCAUUCUUUGCAUUAACAUGUUAGUAAGGAGCCCAUACAAAUAAUGUAAAGUUCAACUUGUUUAACAAUAAAUAAAUGUGAAUUUUUUGGC